ACUUAUUAAAAUUACCCGAAAGGCUGAAAUUUUCAUUCGAUAAUUGUUCGGCUUAUUGCUCUAAAUUACGAAGUACUCCUUUCGAACACCUGUAACUCACUUUUUGAAUGGACACCGGGCGGUACUUUGAUAAUGAAUUAUUAAUGUUUGCACGAAUAUGUGUGUGUGUAAUGAUACGGCCACUUGUAAGACGUAUUUGUAAUGUAUUAAAUAUUCAAAUUUUUCAAGUCCGAUCCGAAUACUUAGAAUAUGGCACCACAGUUAGCUAAACCUGCUCCUACCUUUUCCGGAACCGCUGUUAUCAAUGGUCAAUUUAAAAAUAUCAAAUUAGAAGACUUCAAAGGGAAAUACUUAGUUUUGUUCUUCUACCCGUUAGAUUUUACGUUCGUUUGUCCUACGGAAAUAAUCGCUUUCUCCGAUAGAGUCGACGAAUUCAAAAAAAUCGGCUGCGAAGUCAUAGCUGCGUCAUGCGACAGUCAUUUCUGUCAUUUGGCCUGGGUUAAUACUCCAAGAAACCAAGGAGGUCUCGGUCAAAUGAAUAUCGCUUUGUUAGCCGAUAAAUCGGCUACAAUCGCUAAAUCAUACGGUGUUUACAACGAAGAAACUGGUAUACCUUUCCGCGGAUUAUUCAUUAUCGAUGAUAAAGGUACCUUAAGACAAGUGACGAUAAAUGACCUCCCUGUGGGAAGAUCUGUCGAUGAAACACUUCGUUUAGUGCAAGCAUUCCAAUUUACCGAUAAGCACGGUGAAGUUUGUCCGGCUAAUUGGAAACCGGGUAGUAAAUCUAUGAAACCGGACCCGAAAGGAGCUCAAGAAUAUUUCCAAAAUCAAUAAUAAAUAAGCAUUCGAAUUCGAAUUUUUUUGAAGAAACCUGGCGUCCUUCUUUUUUUUUAUCUUUGAAAGAUGAUAGAUUUUUAUGUAUGUACCUAUAGUUUUAACUCUCCUCAUCUUUUCAUGUUUUAAUCAUAUAUUUUUAUUUAAUUUAAAAUAAUGGAAAAAAACGUAUUUAUUGUAAUUUUGAUUGAAUGAACAGAGGUGUCGCGUUAGUUUAAAAAUGGAAUCAUGUGUGCCACUUAUAAAUACAACACUGUUUAAGCUCGCUGA